ACUUCACUUUGAAACAAAGAAAAAAGAAAAUAAAUAAAAUCUAAUAAAAACAAAGACAAAUAAAUCAAAAAUGCAAAUCAAUCUUGUUGCCUUCUUUUUGGUCUUAUUUACUGUAAUCUCUUUGGGAGCAGCUGUAAGAAAUGAAAGAAGAACUAUAAACAGACGCUCUCCCAGUGGUUAUGAUAGUUAUGAUAGUUAUGAUAGUUAUGAUAGUUAUAGUAGUGAUUACAAACUUAGAAAACGCGGAGACUACGGAGGCUACGGAAGUUACGGAGGUUACGACGAUAAUGAUUACUAAUUUGAUUCCAUAUUUUAUUAUUUCUUUAUCAAAAGAAAUUAUAUUAUUAUUAUAAAAUAGUAAUUAUUUGUAAAUGUUUAAAUAUAUAUAUUUUUCACUUACUUAUUUUACGCGUUUAUUAUUUAUUUAUUUUUAAAUUUAUAUAUUAUAUAUAUAAUUUUUUAAACUAGUUUCUUAAAUUCUAAAAAAUAUUAGUUUUUUUUAUUGAAAUGAAAUAAAA